GGUAAAAAGUGUAGUCCAAAGUCCAAUUCUCAGUCUCCUAAUAUCAAUCACUGUGGAACUACUACUGAAGCAUUAUUCUCUUUAUUAAAUGAUUCCUUCUCUUUUGAAAUUUCACAUACUUAUAAUCAUAUUAUUGUUUCUCCUUUCUUUUUCUCUGUUCACAAAGGACCAACACAAAAUUACACAGUAUCCUCUAUUAAUCAUUUAAACGAUUCCUCUUUUGUUAAAACUCCUCUCAAUAUUCAUCCAUACGGAUCUGCUAAAGCACCCCAAUCUUCCAAUAUUUACACUUAUGAAACUAAUGAAGCAUUCCAAGAUACAUUUAUUGAUCAAUUAACUACUGAUGUUCACGAAAUACCAGCACAAAAUAAUGAUUCUUUAACUAAUAGUCCAUCUCAAAAUGUUAGAACAUCCUCUAUUAGUUAUUCAGAUGUUUCCUCUUCUUUAGAAAUUUUAUAUCCUUAUAAUAGUAAUAUCAUUAAUUCUCCCAAUAUUUACACUUAUAAAACUAAUGAAGCAUUCCAAGAUAUAUUCAUUGAUCAAUCAUUUUUGCUUCUGUCCUCCUCAUCCGUUCAUGAAGGAUCAAUGCAAAAUAAUAAUCCUUCAAUUAACCCUUCUCAAAAUACCACAUCAUCCUUUACUAAUUAUUCAAACGAUUCAUCCUCCUUUAAUACUACUCAUCUUAACAUCCAUCCUCAUGGAACUACUGAAGUCUUCCAAAAUACAUUCAUCGAUUAA